AUGGCUUCUGGGGAAAAAACACCACCCAGCCGGAAGCGGAAGACCAAUCAAAGAGCCGCUCGAAGCAGCAACUUGGCGCGCGCGCGAGCUCAGCUGCGAGGCAACAGCGAGAACGUUGCGCCCAAUUCUGCUACCAGUGCCUACCCUACCACCGAUUCUGAAGCCUCGAGCGACCGUCCCCCAAGUGGGGCCCCGCCAGCUUCCUCGAAUGCACCGAGACCUCGAAUACUUCAGAAUUCGAGCUCUCGGAAUGCCGCCAUCGUCUCUGCUGCUGAUUUAGCUUCCAGGACGUCGAAAAAGCGCAAGCAUACCUACACCAUCGACGACUGGAAGAACGAGGCGCGAAAUGCGCGCAGGAAGCUUGAACGGCGAGAUGAGGAGGUGGCAGGCUUGAAGGCUGAAGUUCAUGCGUCAGAGGAGAUUCUGGCGCUCGAACGAGCGGAACACGCGCGGAAUCAGCGGAUGGCAAACCUCGCACACAGCAGCGUAUGGUCGGAGCUGCAGAAGGCGCGCGAUACUCUCACGAAGGAGGAAAAGGAGAAAGCUCGCCUACAAAAUCUCUUGACAGAGCAGGACGAGCGGUUGGCCGAAAAAUUGAAAGAAGAAUCGUGCGCUUUCGAUGAAGGCCCUGCGGAGUACUACUCGCGGUCCUCGCCUCCAUCGCGAGUUUCACGCACGGGACACAGUCCUCACGGAGUAUUUCGUUGCGCCGAGCAUGCUGUCGGAGGUGUCAUACGAGAACUUGGAAGGUUGGUGGGCAUACGUCGCCUCAACCGCAUUCCGAGCAUGAGCGCACGCACCGUUGCGCGUAUCAUUGCGGAGGGAGGGAUUGCGGCGAAGAUUCAGUUGGGGUACGAGAUGGUGACGAAUACGAGUAUCACUGCUAGCGGAGACUCGACGUCCCAUCGCCGCCAGGAAUACGACUCGCGAUUUGUUGUACUGCGGCCCGUAACCGAUAGCGGCAUACUGUCGGAUAGCCAUGUCUUGCGUAGCCUUGGCAUAGACGCGUCGCUCGACCACUCGAGCGAAGAGCAAGUUCGUGGUCUCUUGAAGAAGUUGGCGCAAAUUUGCGAUAUAUUCAACCGCUCACCGUUUGCAAAGCGGAAGGGCCUUCUCAUGAGCUUCGAGGCCUUCGCUUUGCGUCUUCGUGGUACCAGUGGCGACCACGCCAAUGAUGUCAAGAAGGACAACAAACUUCUUCUUGAAUGGAAGCUCGAGAUGACGAAGAUUGCGCUCGGCUUCGAGGCGCUGCGUCAGAUGUCCACGCAGGACUCUCUACGCGCUAUUAUUCCGCACGCGCGUGCAGCCAUUCUCGAUGUUGGCGGCUCGGAAGCCUGGGAGCGCCUCAACGCCGCAACUCGCACGGAGAAGGAGACAGCACUCACCCGGAGCGCUGCAAAGGAAGUCGGCGAGCUUGCUUAUGCGAGGCUGAAUCCCGACGAGAAGAAAAAGAUGUCGCUCUUCCUCUUCACUGGCUGCUGCAUGCACAAAGAGUUGAACAGCGUCAAGGGAGGUGACGCGCGCAUGCGUACCUAUUACGCGACCCAUCCCGAGAUCAUCCCGCCUGUACUUCUUGCAAACAAGGAUAAUGCCGCAGUUCUCGCAGGCAUCACCGAUAACGAGCAGCUCACUCCAGCCGAGCUUCGCGCACUUUCCGUGUCUGGAUGCGGUGCUGUGAAGGCCACGACCCUCGCUGGGAUGAUCUGCAAUAACAAGGACAGUAAGAAGGGGCAGCACGACCGAUACGUGUGGUACUUCGAUAAGGUACUUGGACCCGCGGUCAUUGCGCGACGCUUCCCCGACGUCAGCAAUACCCGCUUCCAAUCGCACUGCGCCGCUGCUUGCGAAAUCCUGCAGCACCUCAAAUUGUACAGGGCCUUCAUGCGGCACGUAUUCUACAAAAAGGAUAAGCCCGGGUUCACCAACAUACGUGGCCCAGGAAUGACGGCCUUGAACGCGUUGACGCUUGGUCCGCUUCACACGCGUCUGGAGAACUUCAUCAAGACACUCAUCGCUGACACGACUCUUGUAUUGGGACCCAACGCCAGCUACAAGACUGCUGCAUUCGAUGGGGAGCCGUGGGAGAGGGAGGGCGUCUUUGAGGCCAUAGCAGCACUCCGAAAGGCUGACCUAAUGCCUCACCUUGAGAGACGUGGGAGCGCUGAAUUUGAUCCAGGAAGCGACAUAGACGGACUCACAGCGGACGAGCAGGAUGAGUUCUGGAUGCCAGUCACGAAUGACGCGAACGAAAGCGCGCUAGGAGGCCUCAGGGCUAACGUCGCUCGUCGCCCCAACCAAACGCUUCACCAAUUCGAGGCAAAAGACACAUUCCGACGUAAUGGCACGCAAGGGUUUAUCGACUGCUUCGAGGACGAAGACCAUCGCUAUGUUCGCGGGGAGGCACGUCGCAUACAGGAGUCCCGACCACAGAGGCAGAUCCGGAGGGCUCAAGUUGCACACGAUGACGAGGAAGCGCGACGGCACCAAUUAGUCGAGGAGGAGAAGAACAAGAAGGCCUUGGCAUGGCAGGAAAGACUGGAGGCCAUUGUCUUCGUCGCUGAGGAGGAUCGCCUGCAAACUAUGCGUAAAGUCGAGCUCACGGAUCAGCUCAACUACUGGCGCCACAAGUUGUUGGCACCGAAGGUCGCCCCCGAGUACAGCAUUCCCAAUCGACCGCACAAAAUUGCCGAGCUUAAGCGCCUCCUUGCGCUGUACCCAAACGGCGCUGUACCGGAGUGCGAGCGCGAGGGGCCGAAGCGUAAGGCACCUACAGCAUCCUUAGGACCGGAAUCUGUCCUUCAGGACAUGGUUGUUACACCUCGGGUGCUCAUAGUAUAUACGCGUGCGCGCCUCAUGAUCAUCUUCAUUCCCGAUCCCAUGCUAUCUCGCUCUGUCAUCGAGCACGAGGAGGGGGAGUCAUAUCUGUACGAGAUGACAUGUUGGAUUGACCCGCAGGUUCUGUCCCGUAUGGAGGUCUCCGCUCCACAAUGUAUUCGCAGCGAAAAUGCACGUGAGGUCGAUGCAGACACCGGCGACGUUAGCGCCUCUUUCUGGGAAUGGGCCUACCUCCCUGAAGCCUUGGUGGCUGCUUCAGUCGAAAAGGAAGGUCUCAACCUUUCUGUAGAAGCUCUGGGUUAUCCAGAGUUUGUGGCCGCCGUGAUGUCCCAUUCAUCUGAAGAUCCUACAUGGUGUCGUCUACUAGCAGCAGACGUUGUUAUAGGUGGCCCUGCGUUGAAUGAGAAUUACAUGCACCCGGCAUAUAUGAUCAAUUUCGACACAUACGUCGCUGGGAUCACACUUCUGGAGCAGGACGCGUUCAUCUGGCCCUGCGCCAAGUCUCUGUGGUGGGGCGGGAACAAGGUCCUCCUGGCCGCAACGCUCGACUCCAUCGCCGCUCAAACAACACACACCCCUCGUCCGCCACAGCAUGUGCUUCAAACCCCUCCUGAUGCCUCGAAAAUGGGCUGGGUCCAGAAAAGGGGAUACUCCGCACGGGCUGAGCACGUGCUCAUUCCUGGCGAUACACAAGUUGGAGGGGCUCGAAAGUGCCCCGAUGAUCCUGCCCCACUCGAAGCUCGCUGGAUCGAGCAGGUGUAUAUCGAUACCCUGCACGAUGCCAGAUUCGGAGAGCUGCGAUGCUUUAUCGUCGGUGGCAACAUUAUCCGGAUUGUCAGAACGGUGCCAAGUGGUGGCGGAAUGAAGUGCAAUGUCGUCCUCGAUAACGAAUGUCCAUCAUUAGCCCAGCAUUGGUAA